GCAAAGAAAGCAGUCAAAGGCGCUUCUCCCGCCUUCCAGCCCUCUCAGCCGAAGUUUGCAGCGUUUCCUCUCUGCCCUUCCGUGUGUCACUCAAACACACACACAACUUUCCUCCUGCCUUCUGCUCCACUCUCUCUCUCCUCUCUCUCAUGCCUCCCCCUGCUUUUCUCUUCCUCCUCCUCCUCCUCCCUGCUCUAAGCAACUGCCUGUUCUCUCCAGGGUCCGGCCAGCUGGCCCCUUACGACUUGCUCUACGCCGAUGGGGUGCGGGCAUAUUUUGCCCAGGACUGGCCACGGGCGGCAGAACUCCUGCAGCGGUCCCUGCACAGCUACUCUCAGUGGCUGGGCGUGCGCCGAGAGUGCCAGGGAAGAUGCCAGCGCGAGGCCAGCUUUGCGGGUCGGCCGCCUUCCCAGCCCUGGGAAACCGGCUUCUUCGAUCGCGUGUUGCAGCGGGCAGAGUGCCUGGGGGAAUGCCUGAGACGCAGGCUGGGCGGGCAGCCGUCCCUUCACAGGGCCAGCCGAGAGAACCAGCAGGACUUUGAGCAGAGGGAGCCCUACAACUACCUGCAGGUUGCCUUCUUCAAGCUAAAGAAACUAGAUGAAGCUGUUUCCUCAGCUCACACAUUCUUUGUGGCCAAUCCACAACACCUGCAGAUGGUUGAGGACAUGGAGAAAUAUCGGCGCAUGGCAGGCGUGAAAUCAGAAAGCUUUCGGGAUCUUGAGGCCAUACCUCACUGGGUGGCAUAUGAAGCUGGAGUGCACCAUUACACUACGGAUGACUACCAGCAGGCGGUGACAAAGCUGGAGGAGUCACUCAGAGAAGCCCUCCUGGCACUGGAAGACUGCCGAGCCCUUUGCGAGGGCCCCCAAGAGGAUGAGAAUGAAGAGGGGGAGAUGCAGCUUGGCCUCUAUGAAGCCAUUGCAGCCCACUACCUCCAAGUCCUGAAGUGCAGGCAGAAGUGCAUCCUUGACAUUGCUACCAAGCCAGGGAGGGUGUCUUCCACUGAAGACUUUAUCCCAUCUCAUUUUGAUCUGCUGCAGUUUGCCUAUGAUAAAGCUGGGAACCGAGCCCUCGCUGCUGAAUGUGCAGCUACCUACUUGCUGUUCUAUCCAUCAGAUGAGGCGAUGAUGGAGAAAUUGAAACGGUAUAAAGCAGAGCUGGGGGAGGAAAUCCCUGUUGCUGCCAGAGAGAAUAUCCAUAAGUAUGUACAAAGGUCUCUGUUGGAAAAGAAACUGAUUUACUAUGCAGCACAGCACCUUGGAGAAACUUUCAAUGACCCUGACUCCUGGACUCCUGAAGAGUUGAUCCCUGAUGACAUGAAGCUAAAACACAAAGAAGAUCAGGAGAAGCAGAGACUGAAAGCCUCAGAUAUGGGACAGCAGGAACAGCGUGGAUCACUACCCUUUGAGGGGGUUGCCAUCACUAUGGAUUCCCUCCAGCUCAAUGGCUCCCAAAGGGUCGUCUUGGACAGAGUCCUGACUGAAUCUGAAUGCAAAGACAUUCUCCGUCUGGCCAAGGCAGCUGGAGGAACAGGAGAUGGCUAUCGUGGCCGGCGUUCACCUCACACCCCACAUGAGAGAUUUGAAGGGUUAACAGUGUUAAAGGCCUUGCAGCUGGUUGAGGAGAGUGUUGUGAACUGGAGGGAUGCUAAACUACUCCUGCAAGCCAGCGAGAAAUCCCGAAAAAUUGUAGAAUCCUAUUUCACUCCUGGGAAAAGCCUCCAUUUUUCAUUCACACAUCUUGUGUGUCGCAUGGCUGCAGAGGGAGAACAGGAAGGCCGCAUGGACCUCAGUCACCCAGUCCAUGCUGACAACUGCCUCUUGGAUCCAGACGGAAACACGUGUUGGAGGGAGCCCCCUGCCUACAUAUACAGAGACUACAGUGCAAUCCUCUACCUGAAUGACGACUUCCAAGGAGGAAACCUCUUCUUCACUGAGACAGAUGCUGUGACCGUUACAGCCCAGGUGCGCCCCAAAUGUGGGAGGCUGGUGGCCUUUAGCUCUGGUGGGGAGAACCCCCAUGGCGUGUGGGCAGUUACCCGUGGCAGGCGCUGUGCCAUUGCCCUCUGGUACACCCUCUCUCCAAAGCAUGCGGAGCAGGAACGGGCCCAGGCAGAAGAGCUAGUGAGACAGAAGGAGACGGAACAGGAGCAGUCACGCCCAGAUGGUGAGGAGGAGAAUACGGGAGCUGGACACAGCGGUGGAAACUCCCCGGAGCCCCCUACUCCUCAGGGAAGAGCAAGAUCCGCUAGCCGAAGGAACAAGCCAAACGUGGAGUCUGGGGUACAGUCCAAGGGGCUGCGGACCAGAGAUGAGUUCUGAGCAGGAUGGAGAUGUGCACCAGCUCUGCAGCCCAUGUCGAGGCUCACCCAAGUGGAGGGCUUGGGAGCCCUUUUCUCACUGCUGAGGAAGUCUGCCUUGCUUCUUCAUGACAUUCUGAGAAAGAUGACAUCAGAAAGGGACUCCAGGGCCAUGCCCAUCAUCUUAGCCUGAGCAUCACUGUGUCCCAGGAAGGAUGCCAGGCUUGUGAGCCAAGGUUAGCAUCAUGGCUAAGAGAGAUUGGACUGUAAACCAGGAAUCUUCCAUGAACUUAGGUGGCCUUAGACAACCCCCGCCGCAGCUACAGUCUCUCAUUUACAAUAUGGGGAUAAUCAUACUGCCCUACCUUACAGGGAUGUUGUAAGGGUGACUGAUAUAAUAUAUGAGAAGUGCUUUGAA